AUGGCUUCACCUUCACCCUCAUCAGCUCCGUCCAAAAUCCGCAUAUCCAAGGUGGCUGGGCGGUACCUGCUCUUCGACCUUGGCGAUGUGAUGCGUCUACGAAGGACUCAUAGCAUGUGCUCUGUCCUCGUUGGAACCAAUCCACAGGCUCCUAAUCAGAACAUGUUCACCGCCUUGCCCCUCGAACUUCUCGAGGAGGAAGCCCGCCUGCUUGUCGAUCGUCAAGAUGCGUAUAUUGUUGAUGAUGCACGUACCCAUCUCGAAUAUCUGUCAGCUCUACCUGAACAGAAACGACGAGCCUAUAUUGAGGCCCACAUGGCUCGUCUUGGCGAGGCACGCGGAAGCCUCGAAGUUGAGAUGUCUGCCCGCGCCAAAGCUGUAAAAGAGGCGAGAGAAUCUGGAGCCCUAGCCGGCAAGGGCAAAAAAGGGAAGCGACGCGCCGAGACCAAGGACAAGCAAGUCCCUGAAGACUCGACCUGUGCACCAUCCCCAGUUCCAUCUGUGGCCGAUCAAGCUUCAGUUCCUACAGAUUCUGUCCCGGAAGUCUCUCUGUUUGAAAGUCCCGUACCCGAAAAGCCAUCGGUGUCUAAAUCCAUCAGUAGAGGAGCACCAGCCGGUGAUGUCGUGUCAGUGGGUAAAAUAUAUCUCACGCCGGGGACUAGCAAGGACCUCUUGCCAAGUGGCUACGUAUCAACAUCAGACAGCUCCAAGAGCUCUGAUGACAAGAAUGACGCGACACUCACCAACUCACCGCCAAGUGCCUGUCCUCUCUACAACUACUUGAACAGUCAGGGAUACUUUAUGACUCCUGGAAUCCGCUUCGGUGGUCAGUACAGCGUGUAUCCUGGCGAUCCUUUCCGCUUCCAUGCCCAUUUCAUCGCAAACAAUUACAGAUGGGACCAGGAUAUUGAUAUGCUGGAAUUAGUCGGUGUCGGUCGUUUGGCCGGAGCCGUGAAAAAGGGUCUUUUGCUGGGGGGCGAGAAGCCUGGACAAGGAGCAGGCGAGCCGGACGGGAGGAACGUUCGCGCUUUUUGCGUAGAGUGGGCUGGAAUGUGA